AACAAAAGAUCUCUCGAAAUAGUUGCGACGAUCCCGGAUGUCGCGAUCAUCUUCGGUAGAUGUAGUCAACACCAUUUCUAUUGUUUCGGGGUCAUCAGCAGUUAAGGAUAUCAAUGAAGUGACGGACAUGCCUUCUGCCGUAUCCCUUACAACAACACCACAGGUAGCUACAAGUCCUCCUCACAGCAGGAUCACAGAAAACAGCGACUCUGCUCCAGAUACUCCUGACAGUUCAACGACAUGUUCUUGGUGUAGACGAACUGGAGGAUCAUGGGAGCCUGGAAGUUCAUUAUCCUGCACUGCAGGAAUCACUAGUAAUGCUGGAAAAUUUUGCAGUGAGGCUUGUUUCGCUGCAGGUAGACGUGCAGCUUUUAAACGAGCUAGGACAUGUGAUUGGUGCCGUCAUCUACGACAUUCCGUCAGUUAUGUAGAUUUUCAGGAUGGUGAGAAUCAACUCCAGUUCUGUAGUGAUAAAUGUUUGAACCAAUAUAAGAUGAAUAUAUUCUGCCGAGAAACUCAGGCAUAUUUAGCACUACAUGGUCUAACAAGUAUUUCUUCAACUAGUAAUCAAAGUAUCGGUGAUGGAUUAAUUACUCCUGAGCUAUGGUUACGAGACUGCCAAUCACCCCAAUCAAGUUCAUUAGACGAUGAAGCUCUAGUUGUCGAUGAUGAGCCAAUGAAUUGGUCAAGUGAUUGUGGUCUCGAUAAUGAGGAAAGAGACCGUUUAGCUUCUGGAAAUAAUUCUUCAGUUCAGAACAGUCCAGCCCAAACACCAAAUAAUAAGCAAAUAAAAAGCGAAGAAAAAGACAGUGAAGAUUCAUCAAUGCAAGAUUUUCAAGAAGAAACCAUUAAACUAGCCAUCAAGGAGUCACUCAAAGACGAAGAAUAUAGAAGAUGCAAAGCGCGUAAAGAAGAAAUGGAUUCUUUCAAGUCAUUUUCAGUUUGUGUAGAGUCUAGAAUUCCACCAAGUAAUUUACCAACAAACAACACAACUGUAAAGACUUGCAGAAGAUCCAAAAGUUCUCCAGAAAGUUUAAAGGCUUCUCCUCUACAUUCAGAUAGUUCACGAAAGGGCACUAUAUUUAUUAAAGAUGUGAGAAAGUUGUUGAGAAGAGAUCCAGAAAAAGGACGUAAUUCAAUACAUCGUACAGAAUGUCGGAUUCCAUCUAAUAACACUAUUACUACGCAUAAUAGUUCAGCUGCUACCAACAAAUUACCAGUAUCAUUUCAUCUACCACAAAUUCAUUCUUCCCAAUCACUUCCUAGAGAAUUUUUUCCUACCUUCCAUCAAUCAUUUACACCACCUCAUCAAGUACCAUUGAGAUUUAAUCUAAACUCUAAUAACACCUCGAUACCAUCAAUUUCUUCACCUAACAUAGGAAUGAGGCCUAAAAUUCCGGUCAAUUCAUUUCAUACAAAAACGUCUCCAACGAAUCCUCAGUUUAGUCUAUUACCUCCUGUCACAGUUUUAGUUCCUUAUCCAAUUCCCAUACCAAUUCCUCUCCCAAUACCAAUACCUCAGUCUGUGUUUGAAAAAUUUUUCAACUCCAAAAAUUCUUCAAAACAAUCUACUGAAAAGGAAAAUGAUACUUCGUCAAAUCUAGACAAUCCAACUUUUCCUCAAGAUCUUUCUCAACGUAGUAAAUUAAAAAAUGCUCAAUCAUCAAACUGUUUUACUGAGCAAAAUCUCUCUAUAAAGGCUGAUAAGUUAUCUACUUUAUCUGACUCAUCAACUUCUUCAUCCACUUCUGCACCUUCAACUUUGAGCACCAAACAAUCACCUUUUAGUUCUUUUAUUACUGAUAGUCCUAGGGCAGCAUCAGCUUUACCAGUACUUCCAAUUACAUUAUCCAAUGAUAUCCAUGAACAAAGGUCUUCGAGAAAAAGGAAACACUUGCAGUCUGAAAGUUUGGGUGAACUUGAUUUAAGACUUAAACGUAAAAACAAAUUUGUACCAGUAUAGAUGUUUUUGUGAAACAUGUUAUAAAGUAUUAAUGUUUUUAUCUGUAAUUUCAACUUGUUUCGCUAAAUAGAUAUUUUUUUCAUAAAUCAAAAAAUAUAUUAAAUACUUAAUUAAUUAAUAAUACAAAUAAGAAAACUAUUACGACACUGUUAUGUAUAAGUAAUAAAAGGUGAUUUUAAUAGUCCGAAAUUAUCGAAUAAAAUUUCAGAGUUAAAAUAUGAUUUUUACAUUAUGACUUCAUUAAUAUUGUCUUUUGAUUCACUUGAUAAUUAACAUAUAAAAAAUAACCCGAUUAAUUAAUUUUU